AGCUUCCUGACUCCACUGACUUUAUAAAAACGUCCACUUUGCAGCCCUUCCAACGUAUUCCGCCAGCCUGAAACUUUCAAUCAGGUCACAAACUGCUCCAAGAUGGACGUCCUCACUGUGCUGCCCUCAGCUUUUGGAUAUGUAAUAUUAACCUACCUGUACAGCUGGAUUAUGCUCGGUUAUUUGGCUGUUAAGGUUGGCUCUGCGAGGAAGAAAUACAACGUAAAGUAUCCCACAAUGUACAGCGACAAGGAGAAUGUGUUCAACUGCAUCCAGAGGGCCCACCAGAACACAUUGGAGGUGUACCCCCAGUGGCUCGUUUUCCAAACAAUAGCUGCCCUUGUUUAUCCGCUGUCUGCAUCUGUGCUGGGGGCCAUUUGGGUGACCAGCAGGUUUUCUUAUGCCUGGGGCUACUACACAGGAGAUCCAGCCAAGAGGAUGAACGGUGCCUACGGCUACAUUGGAUACUUUGGGGUCAUUCUUCUGUCUAUAUCUAUUGCUUUGCAACUGCUUGGACUUUUCUAAGAGGCUUUAUUUUUUUCCGGUGUUUGCCCAUUUAGUUGAAGAUGAGCUAAUUGCUGGCACGAAUCAAUUUUUUGAUGUGCUUGAAAAAUAAAGUCUCUGUACUUAACAACUACUUUCUAUAUUUUUUGUAGACCACUAUUUAGAAAUCACAGUUCAUAUGUGUUUUUAUUUUUUUUUAAAUGUAACCAAAUUUUGUCAAAGAAAUAGAUGAUGAUGAUGAUGAAGAUGAUGAUGAUAGAAGUGAAUUUUUUCAGAGUACUGAUGUGAUGAAUGGGCCAAGCAGUGGAGGGUAGGAGGCUCCAUGUGACUUCCACAUGAUUUCCCUGAAAAUCCAUUAGUGAGGGCAUAGCACAAUUUUUAACCAGUAUAUGUUCUGUUGCCUCGAGUGCUAAUAUUAAAACAUGAAAAUAAUUUUUUUCUUUUGUCAUUGUUUUUCAGUAAAAUCAUUGUAUUUCAAUUGAUGUACCAUUUAAUUAAUAAAAUUACAAUCAUAGAGAAUAAAAA